UGUAGCUUCAAGAUGGCCUCGGAGACUGAAAAACCGUUGGAGACAAAAACUCGAGAUGCCUUGACAGAGGGCCUCAUAGAUUUAUUGAAACCAUCUGUCGAAGAAAUAGAUGAUAGAGUUAAGACUGUCCGGGAAAGCCAAGUAGAACUUCGUCAACAUAUUGACAGCUUAGCCGAUGAUUUAAAGCGGAUUGCAGAACAGCAGGUUGUUCCAGUUGACUUAGAGCCAUAUGUGAAGAAACUGAACAGUUCUAGGAGACGUGUGAUGCUUGUGAAUAAUAUUCUCCAGAAUGUUCAGGAAAGACUAAAUAAGCUGAAUAACCAUGUCAUAAAAGAAACUGCCAAGAGGAAAGCUACCCUAGACCCUACCUAAUUUUCAUUGUCACUGGAUGUAUAUAUAUGUACAUUUUGUUGAUUUCCAUUUCUAGAGAAUAAUGUCUAACAUACAAUCACAUUAAAAAAAUAUCAAGUAC